UCUGUCUUUUCCUUUUUUUUUUCUGCAGCUGCGUGUGACGAGACAGAAACAGACGAAUGCAUGCAUCAGCGUUGUAGCCCACGAACCGACGUGCUGCUCACAUGUGAGGGCAUCGCAGGCGGGUCGCAGGAGGACUUGGUGCCACCCUAAUUGAACGCUGAACACGUGCCUCCGACUGUCUGACGAGAACCAUGACGGCCAUAAACGCACCACGAGACAAAUACAAUGCAGUCUGGCUCAUCUUCUUCAUCCUGGGUUUGGGAACCCUCUUACCGUGGAAUUUCUUCAUGACGGCAACAAUGUACUUCACAGAAAGACUGAAAGACCCGCCCUCCGACAUCACCACCAAUCAGACGGCCAACGUAACUUUGCAAGACGGAGAUACUCGCAAUGUGUUGGAAUCAAAAUUUAACAACGUGAUGACGCUGUGUGCCAUGGUGCCUCUGCUGAUCUUCACCUGCCUCAACUCCUUCAUACACCAGAGGAUUCCUCAGAAGCUGCGAAUUUCAGGCAGCUUGACGGUGAUCUUUGUGGUCUUCCUGCUGACAGCGGUGCUCGUCAAAGUGGACGUGGCCCCACUGCCCUUCUUCACCCUCACCAUGAUCAAAAUCGUCUGCAUCAACUCGUUCGGGGCGAUUCUUCAGAGCAGUCUGUUCGGGCUGGCAGGGAUUCUACCCGCCUCCUACACCACUCCCAUCAUGAGCGGACAGGGCCUGGCCGGCACCUUCGCUGCUUUCUCCAUGAUCUGCGCUCUGGCCUCUGGAUCCAGACUGCAGGACAGUGCUUUUGGUUACUUCAUCACAGCCUGUGUGGUUAUUCUGCUGGCUAUAAGUUCCUACCUCACUCUGCCUAAGAUGGAGUUCUUCCAGUACUACAUAGAGAGUAAUAGAUCCAGACCAUCUGCUGAUGAGGAGAACAAGAUGGAUUUACUCAAAAAAGAAAGUGCAGAGAAGCGACCAGUGGUGAAUCUGAUGGAGGAUGAGGCCAAACCCAGCGUGUCUGUGUUCAACAUCUUCAAACAGAUCUGGGUGAUGGCCUUGUCAGUGUGCUUCAUCUUCACCGUCACCAUCGGAACUUUCCCAGCUGUGACCGUCGAGGUCAAGUCGACAGUAGCAAACGGAGGCACCUGGGACACUUACUUCAUCCCUGUGUCAUGUUUCCUUCUCUUCAACCUGAUGGACUGGGCUGGCAGGAGUCUGACGGCUGUCUGCAUGUGGCCGGGUAAAGACAGCAUCUGGCUUCCUGUCCUGGUGGGUCUGCGGGUCGUCUUCAUCCCCCUCUUCAUGCUGUGCAACGUUCAGCCUCGCCACCUCCUCCCUGUGUGGUUUCAUCACGACGCCUGGUACAUCGUCUUCAUGAUCUUCUUCUCCUUCUCCAACGGAUACCUGGCCAGUCUCUGCAUGUGCUUCGGCCCCAAGAAGGUGGCUCAGCACGAGGCAGAGACGGCGGGCGCCAUCAUGGCCUUCUUCUUGUCCCUCGGCUUGGCGCUCGGAGCCGCCAUCUCCUUCGCUUUCCGGGCCAUGAUCUAAAGUCUCCCGUAGAACCUUCAGUAGAUGUAGAUUCAACCUCCGACAACCUCCUCCGACAUACCAGAGAGGAGCCAGAACAGCCGACGAGAAGAACGGAGAACCUCAGUCUUCCACAGCAGAGAUUCAACCAGCCAGCAGAAGCUGAAAUAUGUUACUGAAUAUGUUAUUUUCCUCCAAAUUCAGCAGCACAAGGCGUAAACUUGUGCUUCUCCUCUUUGUCGGGGAUGUUUUUAAUCGAUCAGACAGCUUGAUUGAGUGCAGAUCAAAACCAAAAGUGUUCAAAAUCAGUUGUAGUGCGAGAGAGAGAUAGAGAGCCCAGGAGUUAUUCAAGGUGUGUUUAACAAAGACGACCAGAGUGUCACAGCCUCAUUCAUAAAAUGUCUUCUUCAUAAAAUUCUACAAAAUAAUGACUUUAGAUUGCAAUAAUGCUUUUAUCACGAAAUUGUUUACCUUUCUUUGGAGCAAUCACAUUCUUAGACUCCUAUAAAACAUUUUUGUAAAUAGUCUUAAACACGUUUCUAUAAAUGAGGCUUUUAGAUGCCGCUGUUUCGGUUUAAUUUGAACGCUGUGAUUGUUAAGUCUCUUUUUUUUGCACAUCAUUCAUGAAACGUGAGUCGCUCUGGACUGCUGCAGCUUUUUCAAUCUGAUCGAGCCAAAUACACAAAGACAACAUGGGAAAAUGAUGAACUUUGAAGGGAAGUCAUGACCCAUCAGACGGCUAAUGAAGCACUCCACCGCCCCUCUCUGCUUUCACUGUUGUCAGUUUUUUUUUUUUUAACCUUCUUUGUAACAAACAGAAGAAUGUAAGGAUGGACUGAAUCCUAAAGAUGAGGUUUUAAUCUGUUAACUGUCUGGAAACCUUUCUGCUGAAUCUUCAUGGUCUUAGCAAGCAUUUGUAGUUUUAGUUGAAGUUGGUUCUGUUUGUCUGAAAACUUCUUCUGCUUCAGUUUGACUCCAACAUCAGGUCGUAUUAUCUGUGGAGGUUUUAGACCACAUGUCAAGUGUUUUCUUUUACUGUUGCUGCGUCUUCCUGAUAGAACACAACGGACUUUACCAGCAUGUAUUUUGAAGGCAACGUAAAUAUGCAAAAAAUGUAAAAAGCAGCUGUCAGUGAAAUGAAAUGUGCCAUUGUGAGAGUGAGUUUUUAAAACCUCAUUCUUUGACUUCUGAAGAACCGUUUUCUCAAGUUUUAUACCAGGAGUAGUUUUUAGGAUGUCUUUGAACUCACUGUGGGAUAAAAGGCCUGUCAGUGUUAUGUUUUUGUUUAUUUGCAUUAUUGUGGCCUUUUGAUGCUUUUUAUUUUAUAAAGUCUGCUUUAAAUGUACACAUUUUUCCUACCAGCAGCUGUAAACAUCCUAACAGCCUGCUGGUUUAAAAGCACAACAUUAGUCUGUUCUUCUGUACUUUGUUUUGGUUCAUAUGGGACAUCCACCAUUAAAAUGUUACUUCAGACUUAAACAGUUCUGAUACAAAUAAAUGUGUAUUUUUAAGA